AUGAUUCACCUUUAUAUUACCCUUGGGCAGCUGUACGAGGGACCCCUCUAUCCAAUAUUUGGAGAUAGAAGCCCUCGAUCAGAUGAUGGAAGUUCUCCUUUAAUAACCUUGCAGCAACCUUUUUUCUAUUUUGGGAGGACGUAUAAUGAGAUUUACGUCAACCAGAAUGGACACAUGACCUUUGAAGCUCCAUGGACCAGUUUCAUACCUCAGAGGUUUCCAUUAUAUGGAACCAGAGACAUCAUUGCUCCUCUCUGGACAGAUUUGGACAACAGACUUACUGGUCAGGUCUACUACAACCAAUACACCAGUGGCAGUGUCCUCAAACAAGCUACACAGGACAUCAACACCUAUUUCCCAGGACUGAACUUCAACGCCAACUGGGUCUUUGUUGCAACAUGGUAUGAGGUGGCCUACUAUCCAAAUUCAGGAACACGCACAACUGUACAAGCUGUGUUGAUCUCUGGAGGCCAGUACUCAUUUGUAUUGAUGAACUACAGGAUAAUAGCCCCAACAACUCGCAGUGUACAGGCUGGCUAUGACACAAUCAACUCUACUCACCAUUACACCAUCCCUGGAUCAUUCUCUCCCUCUGCAACAGGCAGUAACUCAAAUUUCGUCUUGAGCAGCAAUGUAAAUGUGACGAGUCGCUGGGCUUUCCGGACAGACUUUGGUCCCAAAGGCUGCACUUUCAAAGGUGAACCUGUGCAGCUGGGAGACUCAUUCUGGAGCGACAGUACCUGUGCACAAAAGUGCACUUGCACCUCAUCGGGCCUGCAAUGUGUCAGACAACCCUGCUCUUUUUCACAAAUCUGCCGGGAAAGUGCCUUUCAGUUCUCCUGCCGGACAGUGCAGAGACGUACCUGCACCAUAAUCGGUGAUCCACAUUACUAUACCUUUGAUGGCACAGUGUUUCACUUUCAGGGUACCUGCACUUAUGUUCUUUCAGAACAAUGUGGUCGUGGGCUGCCCUACUAUAGAGUAGAGGGCAAGAAUGAGCACCGAGGCAGCACUCAUGUUUCCUGGACAAGACUGGUCAAAGUGUUGGUUCACAAUGAAACUAUUGAGAUUGUCAAAGGACAUCAUGGUCAAGCUAAGGUUAACGGAAUCUUUGCAGCCACUCCACUUGACCUUAACAAUGGCACGAUCCAGGUUUAUGAGUCAGGUUCUUCUGUGGUCAUCAGCACUGACUUUGGCUUGGAGGUUUCUUAUGACACAAAUCAUUAUGUCAAGAUCAGUUUGCCCUACACUUACCAGAAUGCAACAUGCGGCCUGUGCGGAGACUUCAACAAUAACCCAGAGGAUGACUUUAAAACUCGCCAAGGCGAGCUUGUGAGCUCUGAUGUGGUUUUUGCCAACAGUUGGCAAGCAUCAGGGGACGAUGAGCCUGGAUGUGAGCCACAGUGUGAAGGUCUGGCCUGUGCUGGCUGCACUGAAGAACAGACAGCUUUAUACAGCAACACUGAACACUGUGGUAUCCUCCAAAACAGUUCUGGACCUUUUGUUGCUUGCCAUCAAAAACUUCCCCCACAGACCUUUGUGGAGAGCUGUGUGUAUGAUCUGUGUGUAGGAGGAGGAUACCAGCCCAUUCUGUGUCAAGCCCUAAAUGUUUACGCAAGUCAGUGUCAGCAGAAUGGUAUCCAGCUGCCAAGCUGGAGGAAACCAGGCUUCUGUGAAAUCCCCUGCCCAGCCAACAGCCAUUUUGAGUCCCAAGGCACAGGAUGUCCAGCUACCUGUGUCAAUCCCAAUUCCACCCACAACUGCCCUCUCCCUGCCCAGGAGAGCUGCAUCUGCAAUUCAGGCUACAUCCUCAGUGGUGGGGUCUGCGUCCCUCAUUCUGAGUGUGGUUGCAGCUUUGAGGGUCGCUACUACCGCUCUGAAGAAACUGUAAUAGUGGACGAGGACUGUGGGAGACGCUGUAGCUGCAGUUAUGGCACCAUGACCUGUCGCUCACAUGGUUGUAGUCCACUUGAAUCAUGCAGGGUGGAGGACGGAGAAAGAGGGUGCAGACCUAACAGCUAUGCAACAUGCUGGAAAAAAGGCCCAAUAUCAUAUCAUACAUUUGAUGGAGUGACAUACCAGUAUCCUGGAGCAUGUCAGUUGAUCCUUGCAAAAGUAAUGGAUGGGUCAGACAAGCCUCACUUUGUAGUGAUGAUAGAAAAAACACCGAAAGGUCAGCAGAGGUUCACCUCAGUGUUAAAGUUAGCAGUGGAGGAUUUACAAGUGUCUAUUGAGUUGGCAAGCAGCAGCAAAGUACAGGUUGACGGCCAGCUGAUCCGACUACCAUUCAGCUUAGCAUCCAACCGAAUCCAAAUCUACCACAGCAGCAUUCACAGCAUCAUCCUUCGCACCUCCUUUGGUGUGACUGUGCAGACAGUCUGGCCUCACUUUGUGCGUGUCACUGUACCUGUUACCUACAGUGGUUCACUGGGUGGACUCUGUGGUAACUACAAUGGUCACUCAAAUGAUGACUUCCAGACACCAAAUGGUAUUGUGGUCAACAGCUCUCAGGUCUUUGGAGACAGCUGGAGAAAGGGCUCCCUGUCCGCACACUGUGUGGAAGGUACAAGUUACAACUUCACAACAAAUUACAACUCUAGUGAGCAGUGUGGGAUUCUUAGAUUGGCACAUGGGCCUUUUGCGAAGUGUUGGGAUGCAGUGGGCCGACAGAAAUAUGCUCAAAUUUGUGAUAAGACUGUUAAGUCCUCUAGAAAUCCAGCAGUGGUUGUCUGUGAGGUUCUGCGGGACUUUGCUCUUGUGUGCCAACAGAAAGGAGUUGCCUUAGGAUACUGGAGGAAUGUAACUGGCUGUGAGCAAACCUGCCCUCGAAACAGCCAUUAUGAACUCUGUGGAACCACUUGUCCUUCCACCUGUCCCAGCCUCUCUUUCCCUUUUACCUGUGACACUGUGUGUCAGGAUGGGUGCCAAUGUGAUGAUGGUUUUAUCCUCAAUGGCAAUCAGUGUGUGCCACCAACAUCUUGUGGAUGCUAUCACAACGGACGCUAUCGGCAAGGUGGUGAACAGUUCUGGGAUGGUGAGGAAUGUCAGCGCUUGUGUACUUGUAAUGGCAUAACUGGGACAGUCCACUGUACUCCCUACUCCUGUGGUCCCCAGGAGUCCUGCCGUGUGGUGGGGGGAGAGUUGGGCUGCCAUCCCAACCCUCAUGGCACCUGCUCUUCCUCUGGAGACCCCCACUACAUCACAUUUGAUCGCAAGGCCUAUGACUUCCAGGGAACCUGCCGCUAUGUUCUAGCAACUGUUUGUAAUGAUACUGAUGGAUUCCACCAAUUUUCAGUGGAAGCCAAGAAUGAGCCAUGGAAUGGGCUGUCACUUUCACUUGCAGCUGAAGUUUUUGUGAAUGUGUGGGGCUACCAAGUGCACCUUUCACGGGAAAGACGUGGUAUGGUUCAAGUCAAUGGAGUAACCAGGAAUUUGCCUAUUCUCUUGGACGGAGGUCAUGUGUCUAUCUAUGCAAGUGGAUCUCGUGUAUUUGUCAGCACUGAUUUUGGCUUGAGUGUCACCUUUGAUGGAUAUAGUACAGUGUUUAUCUCUGUACCUGGAAAUUACAGUGGAAAAACAUGUGGACUUUGUGGAAACUUCAAUGGAAAUCCAAAUGACGAGUUCCGAACCCCAGCAGGAACGAUAGUCACCUCUCCAGAUGCGUUUGGGACAGCUUGGAAGGUUCCAGGCAACUACACCUGCAGUGAUGGGUGUGGUUCCUCCUGUCCACAGUGUACCAAUGAGCAACCUGCUAGAGCUCAGUGUGAAGUGAUUCAAGCAGCCGACGGCCCCCUCAGCUUCUGCCAUGAGGAGGUGGACCCAACGCCAUAUUUCAAUGACUGUGUGUUUGAUGUUUGUGUGUCAGGAAACCAAGGCCAAGAUCUUCUUUGCAGGGCCAUUGAAGCGUAUGUCAGUGCCUGUCAGUCAGCUAAUGUCCAAAUCUACCCUUGGAGACAGAACACCACCUGCACAUCUUGCACUCCAGCACAAGAGUGCACCAUCAGAAAUGGCCAGCUGGGCUGUUUUGAUGCAAUGUCUACUUGCACUGUGUGGGGGGAUCCACACUACAUCACCUUUGAUGGGGCAGUGGCUCAUUUCCAGGGCACAUGCUCUUACAUCAUCACUGAGAGUGUGAGCCACGGCACCAAUGAAACCAGGUUUUGGGUAGCAGCCACCAAUAAUCACCGUGGAAACAACCGCGUGUCAUUUGUAUCAGCAGUGGAUGUAUACCUCUCAAAUCAACUAGAGAGUGAAUACAUCAGGAUUGGACCAAACAGAAGAGUAAAGGUAAAUGAAAGUGAGAUAUCUCUUCCUGCCACUGUGGGAACUUUGGGUCAGGUGGUAAGGCAUGGAGGCUACAUAGUGGUUGAUGCCUCGGACCUGGUCGUCCAGUUUGAUGGCAGGAGUACCCUACUGGUCAGAAUCGGUCAAAAUCGUCAAAACAGAGUCACUGGGAUGUGUGGAAACUCCAACAGAAAUCCUGCAGAUGACAAAGUUUUGCCCAAUGGCACAUUGGCACAGAAUGACAAUGAGUUUGGACACAGCUGGAAGGCACCCACAAGCCAACCAGGAUGUGGAUCCACUGAUGACAGGAGUGGUGGUGAAUUGAGUGACUGUACCUUCAGGGAAGAAUACACCGAGCUCUGCAGUGUCAUCACCAACACCACCGGCCCAUUCAGUGCCUGUCACCUGCACUCCGACCCCCAGCAAUUUUUCAGUUCCUGCGUCUAUGAUCUUUGCCUCUACACUCCAGCCAAUGGCAUGCUAUGUUCUGCCAUCUCAGCCUAUGAGAAAACCUGCUCAGUUUUGGGGUUGGACAUCCCCGAGUGGCGCUCUGGUUUGCAGUGUGCUGUGUCGGACCCAUGUGAACAUCUCAGUUGCACAGAAUAUGAGUGGUGUGGUGAGAAGGACAGUGUUUACGGCUGCUUCUGUGAUGAGCACUACUCUCAGCAGAAUAAUGAGAGCUACGACUCAUACAUCACUUGUGCCAGCAGUUCAGGCUCAAUAUCCCUGUCACGCUGCCAGCUCUUUGAAGCCGGCUUCCAUCCUAAUGCCCUCCAUCUCCGAGACAACUCAUGUAGAGGGACUCUCCAGGACGGACGACUGGUGUUCCACUUUAACAAUGACGACCAGCUGUGUGGGACAGUUCUCAGGAGCAAUGGGACCCACUUCAGAUAUGAGAACGCCAUUCUGGGCAAUGAAAGCCUCAACACUCACUUGGUUUUCUCCUGUGAAUACCCUCUGACUCAGGCCCUGUCUAUGGAUGUAGGCAUCAACCCAAUAGAGAGUUUUGUGAAGAAGAGACUUCCAUCUGGCCAAGGUCGCUAUCAUUUGAGAAUGAUCCCCUACCAGGACGCUGGUUUCCUCUUGCCCCUGACCAGUAACAAAAACAUGGAAAUGGAUGUAGAUCAGAGGUUGUAUGUGGAGGUGCGGGCUGAGGGAGUCGAUGGACGGCAGAUCUCCACCAUUCUGGAUUCUUGUUGGGCCACGCCAGUCAAGAUCUCCAGCUACCCUAUCCGCCAUGACCUCAUUACCACAAAGUGUCCCGACCCAGCAGAUGAUACAGUAGAGCUGGUUCAGAAUGGCAAUUCCACUGCAGCCCGUUUCUCCUUCGCUAUCUUCACCUUUACCAAUUUUCCAUCCAUCUACCUGCACUGUCAAGUCCACCUGUGUCUUUUGAGACACAACAACUGCAUAGCUCACUGCAACCAGGAUCACGACAGAGUUCAGAGAGAUGCAUCCUACCAUGACACUGUGAUGCUCUCACUUGGACCUCUGGCCCCUGUGCAGGGUAAAUGAAAAAAUGAUGGAACAUCUUUAGUGACCCUGCUUUGUUGACUGCAGCAAAUCUGACCUGGAGAUCAAAGAUGAUCUAAAUUAUACAAAUACAGUUGUGAAUGUAUACCACACUAUAAUAUGAAUAUAUUUCUUAAUCAUAAUCAAGUGGCUUAGUCAUGUAAGUUACUUUUCAUUUUAAAUUAUGGAGUGUCAACAUUUAGAAAAUAACAAGGUUUAUGUAUCACUCAUUGUGAGUAACUUUGUUUUAUGAUACAGCGAUGUGGCAAAGUGGUCAGUAGGCCUAUUUUUAGACACACUAUUAAACUUGAAAAUGUCAUGUUGAAAAAGUCAAAUUAACCAUGAAUUAGUAUUAUUUCAAUUCACUGAGCAAUAUCUAAAUACUGAAACAACUAACAGCAGCCGACAGGAACAUUCUUUCUGUCAUUUGUGGUAUCCACAUUAAACACACUAGUGAAUCAAGAGUGGUCCAGAUUGUAACAGCAGAAAGACAAUUGAGGUGCUGAGGCACUCUCAUGCCACACAACAUAAAAUAAUGUCUUGAUACUAUUCCUGUUUAUCUGCCUGUUUUGGUACAAACACUCUGACAUAUGCUCUGCCUACAUGUCUGUUGUUCUGUGUGUGUCAGAAGGAAUACUUUAACUUUUGCAAACAAGGGCAUUUCAAUUGUUUAUACCUUUAAGUUUGCUGGAAUUUCAAAAAUUGUGUGUUUGUUAUUUCUUGCCCUCAAUAAAGAUUUUGACUGGGAAAUGCUAGGCCAACUACCCACACUGGUUUUACCUGCUUCUACUGAACAGCUGGUAAAUGGAAAAAUCUGGAUGCACGAUCUGCCCGCAUCUCAUGAUCUUUUGAGCUGAGAAACUUACGUGCUUGAAACUCACAGCUUCCUUAUCUGGCAUUCCAUCAUUUACUGUGGCAUGUCUUUACUUAUUGUGAUGUAGUCUGCUGUUUCACCACUCAUUUUACUUUCUCCAUUGUCUGUUGAGAUGAACAAAUGAUGAAACAUGGCCAAAAAACAAACAAACAAUUAAACAGCUGAUAA